AAUCGGCGUGCUGUCAAACCGGUCGCGCCAGCCACGCCGGCCACGCUCCACGCGUAGUUUUGCAGGUAGAAUGGCUGAUAUGGCUGGCGUUUUUGGUCACUUCGUAGAUCUCAACGCAUGAUGUCGGGGAGAAAGCGACAGUCCCGCGACAGCACUUGCUUCGUGCCUGGCUGCAGGAGUGGAUACCGCUCGUGCAAAGAAAAGUUUUCGCUGUUUAGAACUCCACAAAACUCCGCGAGGCUGCAAGAGUGGGCGUGCAAAAUCAAGCGUGAUGACAGAACCCUCGGCGAAGCCAGCGUCGUGUGUGAGAGACACUUUGAGCCCCAGUUCAUCGAACGAACCUUCAAGAACGUCGUUCAAGGGCAAGUCAUUGAGCUACCACGUAGUGUGCCGCAGCUGACGAAGGACGCUGUGCCGAGCGUGUUUCCGGACGCGCCCAAGUACUUCUCGAAGCCAGUGCCUAAAAAAAGAAAGGAACGUAACCUGUGUGAUCAGGUGCCACUGCCACUUGUCAAGAGGCACUGCGUGGAUGUAGAAAUGCAACCUGAUGCUGACCUGCCCAUUAGUGAUGCUUCUCGGGACACUGCUCUCAUUCGCGAGUGCCUUGAUCUGCUGCCUGCACCUCCGUGGACUAAGAUCAACCUCGACGGCAACACAGAUCAAAUAACCUUUGCUCAUUGCCAUUUGAGUGAGGAAGGUGCUCUAGGUGUUUUGCACGUGAGCCGUCGCAUUGUGCUUGAUUUUGCUGCGCCACAGGGCUCAACUCCAAAAGCAACAGUCUAUCUUCGUGGAAAGGAAAUCAAAAAUCAAAGUAUAAGCAGCGCAAAUGACGUCAAAGUCUUGUUGCACGAGAUCGGAAGCAUGAAGCUGUGCCCUGGCUAUGGUCUGAAACCUAUGACAAAAACUUUUGUUUGUUUCAAUGGGUGCUACUUUUCAGCAAAAUGCUCUCUGAUUUCUGAAUCGCCCUGCUUGGCGUGCAAGUAUAUGCGUAAACUGAGCCAAAAUGCAGCCUCCAGGAAGAAAAGAAUCAUCAAAGCAAAAAAAUCAGCUUCGAAGAGCCGUGCUUUACGGGUACUGAAGAGGAAAUUGGCAAAAGCACAGAGUGCUGUUGAGAGCAUGAAAAACGAGAACGAGCAGCUGUCGAAAACAGACUUUCAACAAAGGAUGAGUGCUCUGCCUUCGAAACAGCAGCUUGCUGUUACAGCUUGCUUUGAAGCUGCCAGACGUAAGUCGGCAAAGGGCAUGCAGUACACGAACGAGUGGCUUCUUGAAUGCAUAUUAAUGCGCAUGAAGAGUCCGAGACUCUAUGAACACAUUAGACGACACAAGAUACUUGCCCUGCCUGGACGGACGUGCCUGCAAAAGCGGAUUCUUGGUUUCAAAGGCGGCUUCGGUUUUAACCAAAAAAAUAUUUGAAGCCCUUUCUGAGAAGACGAAAUGUAUGGACAAGUUUGCAUGCCAUGGAGGCAUUGUGUUUGAUGAGAUGAAGAUUUCAGAGCACUUGGAUGUCAAGUCAACUGGCGACUUAGAGGGAUUCGUUGACCUCGCACAGUUUACUCCAGAAUCACAGAAGGGGCAAGUUUGCGAUCAUGGGAUGGUUGUUCUGUUCCAACCUUUCCAAGGUCAGUGGACACAGGUCCUUGGUGUGUUUGCUUCACGUGGAAAUGUUAAAGCUGACACCUUGGCCAAAAUCAUUGUCGAGGCAACAAUCCUAUGUGAAAAAGCCGGUCUUUUUGUAGACUUUGUCACCUGCGAUGGAGCGAGCUGCAACAGGUCAAUGUGGAGGAUCUUUGGCAUACGAGGUAAUUCUAGGGAUCAAAUGCACUAUUUUCUGCCUUCACCAGUCACUACAGUGCAGCUAAAGUUGGUUUCUAUUAAUUUAGGUACAGCGAAAGGAACAAGGUGCAAGACCCCACACCCUGUGAGACAAGCGCACCAUCUCCACUUCCUGUCCGAUUUUCCCCACUUGCUAAAAAAUGUGAGGAACGCCUUCAUAGCAAAGGGCUUCAACACUCCAGAGGGUCGCGCACAUAUUCGCCCUAUCCAAGAAGCUUGGAAAAUUGACAGCAAGACUGUUUCUUUGAAAGUAAUGCCUUCCAUUACUCGGGUUCAUGUGAGCCCCAACUCUUUCGAAAAAAUGAGGGUUGCGCCAGCUUUUCAGUUAUUUGGUGACGAAGUCGUCAAAGGACUUUUUCUUUACCGCACGAAGCUGGAAGCUGCAUGUGGCUCAAUAGAACCAACAGAAAGUUUUGUCAAGAGGAUAAACAAAGUUAUCAGGGUAAUGUCCUCGCGAUUCCCAAAGGCAGCCUUGUACGCUAGCUCGCCAAACUACCAGUUUCUUAAAAAGUUCCUGGAGUACCUGAGAAAGUGGGAAAGCCACGCGAAAUCUACUGUGGGUGGCUUUCUGAGUUCUAGCACAGCAGAAGGGCUACAUGUGACAAUUGAAAGCACGCUACAUCUGCUUGACUACAUCAACACAAUCGGGUUUAAAUAUAUAAUGACAGCGAAUUUGAGCCAGGACAGGCUUGAGAACCUGUUUGGCGUCGUUCGACAGUCAUCUGGUGCAAACGAUCACCCUACUGCUGCCCAGUUCUUAAUCACAGUCAAUGCACUCGCAUUUUACAAUCUAGCCAGGCCACCCAAGUCAGGCAACUGCUCUCCAGAACUGAUCAGCUCUCUCAUUUCAAACGUUGGAUCAGAGUUGCACAAGGAGCGAGCGAUAGACAUUUUGGACGGGCUGAUCGACAAAGGAAAACUUAAUGACGCAGAAGAAGCACUCAGCUCUUGCACGCCGUCAGACCACAGUGCUUACGUAACAGAAAAAAGCAAUGACUUGCUUAUUUACUACAUUGCUGGAUAUGUAGUCAGAAAGACAGUGAACAAGACUUCAUGUGAGGUUUGUGUAUCCUUCCUGCAAACUGACCAGUACACCGCCAUGGAAGAGGAUCAGGCUUCGUCAUUUACAGCCCACUUCGACAAUGGAGGUCUGAUGUACCCAUCUGGCCCCUUUAGAAACCUUAUAACUCUCCUUGAAGAUAGUUUCACAACUUAUUUCAGCUUACACAAGCUCCACUCCAGGAGCAUUAAGGACUUCUUUUCCUUCUUGGUGAAAGUGGAGUUUCCCACAUUAGGUUGUCUAGCACAUGAACACACCAUAACAACAGGUGUAAUAAAGUAUUAUGUACUUCUGCGUUUUCGAUUUUACACGAAGGCGCUCAACAAUGACAGGAUGGCGAAACAGGAGCGUAUGAAGCUACUGAAAGAAAGGAGGCUGAAGUAAGAUGAAAGCGUGUAUUAUAAGUAGGGUUCUGCGUUUUCGGAGUUUAUUCAUUUUUUUUCCCUCGAAAGUGGGAGUGUUUUUGUUUUAUUUUUCGGGGCUUAAUUUUCUUUUACCGAUUUGGUGUUUUUUUGUGUAAAUUGGUUAAGUCAUAACCAAUUUACACAAAAAACACCGAAUCUACAAAAAAAAAAAAAAAUACCCCCCUCCCAAAAAAGAAAAAGAUAUUUUGAGAUAAAAAAAAAAUUAACUCCGAAAAGGCAAAACCCUAAUUAUAAGCAAGUGUUUUGUUUGUUGUUGUUUUUUUUCCUGAAGCUACAAAUAAGCUGCUUUAAUGGUGACUCUGUGUUCGUUGUGGUAUGUAGUCUGGAAAAAAGAACAGCCACUGUGUGUCUGUAAUAAACCG